CAGAGUCUCAGAAAGAGCAGACUUCACCGCCAUGGCAAGAGUCUGGAUGAGGAUGUUGAAGAUGAUGAUGCUUUUCAGUGGUUUAUUCAUGUCUAGCCUAACUUUUGACAUCCAUUUGGUAAAGGUGAACCCUAAACAAACCAUCUCUGGUGUGAUUGAAGCUUCCAUUGGAAAUCAAUAUGCCUUAAAUGCAUCAGCAGCCAGAGAUCUUUGUGAGCAUCUAGGUUUGACUAUUGCAAGCAAAGCACAAGUAGCAGAGGCCCAGAAACACGGUCUGGAGACAUGCAGGUUCGGGUGGAUAGACGAGCAAAUAGCUGUUGUUCCCCGAGUUCAGGUCAAAUCAAACUGUGGCAGUGGCAAGACUGGGGUUGUCGUGUGGCGUGCAAAUCCAAGUACAGAAUUUGAUGUCUUUUGCUUCAAUUUAAGAGAUUUUGAGGCGCAAAACCAGGCUUCCAUGACUGCUCACCAAACAACAAGAAGAAAGCCAAUCACAACACAUUCAACUGUUUUUCCCACUGCUCAAGCAGGAGUUCAUCUGAGGAAAACCCCAUUUUCUAAACUACCUUCUCCAUCGUCUUCGCUCAGUUCUCUUUCUACAUAUGUUCCUCCUUCACUCUCUCACAGUCCAUCUGUUUACCACAUGGAUGAUGAAGGGAAGCAUUUGCUCAUGAGUGGAACCCCAGUUGAAGCUGUUCCAGCUGCUUUACUGAUCACAGUCACCUUCGCAGUCAUGCUUGCUGUAUUUCUAGCGAUUUACUAUUUCAAAACGAACAGACCCUGCAGGACGCAGUGUGACAGCGAGCAGCAGAAGGAGUACACUGAGACGGAGGUUUGGGAGCACUGUAGUAAGAAAGACCUGCAGAAUCCACAGGAGGAGCAUGUGGAGGAGAACGAGGAAGAAAACAACAGCAGCAGUUCUACAGACCAGGACUAACACUUCUCUGUAUUUAUCGAGACAUCAUGGGACGGCUGAGAGUUUGAGACUGUAAUGAAUUUUUGGUUUUGUAAUGAACUAAUAAAUAAAAAAAGACACA